AUGUAUUUUGUUUUUAACUGCGCAGAUCUGAACGAUGCCGGAUAUCAUUGUGAACCAUCUUGUCUUACCGACGUUAAAGAUCAUAUGGUUCAAAAUAGCCAACGGAAUCCAGUAACGACUGCUUUGAAUACAAAACUAUUUCAUCGUGUAACUCUAUCGAUUGCUACUAACGCCUCGGAUAAUGGCUUACAAUCGGAAUCAUCGAUUGGUUAUCAAGAACGAUCGAAAAUAUUAGUACCAUAUCGUUGGGCAAACUCAUUAUCAUUAUCACAGGCACUGGGUUCAGCUACUGUACCGAUUCAUGAUGUGCAUGAUGUUUAUUCAGCUUCUUAUUCGAAAUGUGAGCAAGUACUCCGAUGUAAAUUAGCAUCUCUGUACCGCAUUAUCGAUCUAUUCGGAUGGUCACAAGGUAUUUACAACCAUGUGACGGUAUGUUGUUUGAGUAUUUCAGAGAUUUAUUCAACUGUUUGA